AGAUUUGUGGUUUUGUGUAAUUUAUCCAACUCUUAAAAGCCAUCGGUUUUGGGCCAACCAAACAAGCCCAAUACAACUCCACCGGCCCCAACUGUUACCUAAUACAUCUACGCCGUGAAAUAUCAGUUAUCACUGACCGGAACCUCCUAACCAACGCCGUCACCUCCGAUGUUCCGAACAAUCUCACGGUUGCGAUCUUCCUUAAUCCCCAAAAUACCCCUUGCUCCUCAAUAUUCAUUCCAUUCUCUGUCGCUGCUUCUACAGAAGCAUGAAGAUGAUGACUUGAAUACGGACCCUAAGAGUCCUCCAAAGCUAUUUGUUGUUCAGCCUCGGUUGCGGCCUGAUUCGGUUCUUAAACCUAAUCUCAGUGAAGCACUAAACCUGGCUAAGUCACUUGAAGAACAAAGAGAUGGAUUCUACGAUACUGAGUUCCUUGAUAAGCAAAUGCCCCCUCAUAUUGUCGUUCAAAAUCCAGCUUCCCGAUCAAUUCGUUCUGAUACAUUUUUUGGAGCUGGAACAGUGAAUACAGUUAAAUGCCAUGUAAAUUCUUUGGAAACUCAGGAAGUAGUAGAUGCGAUUUUUGUAAAUGCAAUUCUUACUGGCAUACAGCAGCGUAAUUUAGAGCGGAUUUGGGGUAAACCUGUUAUGGACCGUGUGGGCCUGAUAAUUGAGAUUUUCAAUGCACAUGCUCAAACAAAAGAAGCUAAGCUACAGGCUGAGCUGGCUGCACUUAUGUACAAAAAAAGUCGGCUUGUUCGUGUGCGCAGUUCUGGUGGACGUCAUGGUUUUGGCGUAGCUGGAGAAAUUGAAGUAGUUAGUGCCAGAGGGAGAGGAAGUGGGGGACGUGGUUUCAUUAGUGGUGCUGGAGAGACAGAAUUGCAGCUUCAGCGGCGAAGAAUUAUAGAACGGAGGAGUCAAUUGUUAUCUGAGAUUAAAGAGGUUCGUCGUACACGAGCAUUGCAGCGUGCUGCUCGUAAGAGGCAUGGAGGAACAGAUGGUCAAGAAAUUCGUACAGUUGCUGUUGUUGGUUACACUAAUGCUGGGAAAUCUACUUUGGUUAGUGCACUCUCGGAGAGCUAUCUCUACUGCGAUGAUCGAUUGUUUGCUACAGUGGACUCCAAGUUAAGAAGUGUGAUUCUCCCGUCAGGAAGGAAAGUGCUGCUUAGUGAUACUGUGGGAUUCAUCUCAGAAUUGCCUAUACAGCUAGUAGAAGCCUUUCAUGCAACAUUGGAAGAAGUGGUUGAAGCUGACCUCCUUGUGCAUGUUCUGGACUCGAAUGCACCAAACCUAAAUGAGCAACGAGAAGCAGUGUUGCAAGUUCUUGGGCAGAUAGGAGUCUCUGAACAGAAGCUCCAGAAUAUGAUUGAAGUUUGGAAUAAGAUUGAUCUUCAUGAGGAUUUUGUUGGAGAUGGUUAUUGCAAUGAGGAUGAAGUUGCCAGCGGGUUAUCAGAAGACAAUGAUGUUGCAUCCAAUAAAUUGUGUGAAGAGGACCCCCUUGAUUAUGAUGAUAAUGAAAAUGAGGACUCUGAUGAAUGGUUGGUCUCAGGUGAUGAACAAGAUUCCUGGGUUGACUAUAAUGGUUCCUCGGUGGGCUGCGGGUCUGCAGAGGUCCAGCAAAAUAACCCCUCUAAGAAAUGGGAGUUUGUUAGAAGUGAAACCCAGUUUGGAUCUGAGCCCGCUCCACAUGUCAAGAUGUCUGCCUUAACAGGUGUUGGAUUGCAAGAGUUGCUGGAGCUUCUUGAUGAAAAAUUGAAGCCUCAGAAAACCAUAGAGAAGGAUAUAUUUGAUCGCAAAUGGAGACCACCACGCACAGAAGAUCACACAGUAGCAGUUGGACAAUAGUAUUUAUAAAGAAAAAAGAAGCAUUCCUUAUCAAGGCGUCUGUCUUUAUCCAUGACUAAAAGGGAUUGAAGUUUUAACACACUUAGGAGGACUCGUGACUAACAAUUAAAUGCAUCUCCUUGACAUGGAAGUUUCAAACAUGGUUUGGAGCACCCACUGUUAAUGCUACGAAGGUUGUCCUAUAUCUAGUGUGUUCUGUUCUCUGAAUAUCAAGAGUUCCUUAUCAAACUAGAAUGCCUAUUGUAACUGGUUCACAGGCUCUUACAUUCUUCUGGCGUUCGCACCCAUUUUCGGUUACAGCCCGUAGAAGCAUGUGUAUUUCCUUCAUGUACUUUGAGUAACUUGCGAGUCGCGACAUGUUUCAUGCUGUAUGUGGAGUUGGGACAUUCUAAUGCCGUCAUAUAAGUUAAGGAAGGAGGAGGGAACAAGCACACUUGGAAAGCAUAGUACGACAGAGAGUUGUAUGUAAUGAAACUCGAGAUUUAAAAUAUGAGCUAUAUUUGGAACUUAUUGUGAAUUGUGUUCGAGCAAGACAAGUAAUAUAGUACGUUUGGGUUCGAUUGUAUAAAGCUUAUAGUUUCAAAUGGAUUCUAAACCUUAAUGUUGA